CUCCACGCGAAAAGCUCUGCGAACUAUUUUAGAAGCGUGAUGAGUCGUUCCAUGAGCGCCAGUGCUAUUUUGUCUGGCCUGCAGAUCUUUCACGGCAAACUGGUGAGGGAUCACCCUGAUAUUACUUGGGAUUUUAUCGAAAUCGCCGAGUAUGUGAUUGGGGAGUUGGAGACUCCACCGGAAGCGGGGAAUGCGCCCCAACCAUCCAAUGCGGAGGAGCCUCCACAUGACUCUGUUCCUGUCUCUCCUUCUCCUAAAGCGCCUAGUGCUGGUGACGCCAACUCAGGCGCUGAGUGAGUGCAAAUGGGCGCCCCAUUUUCCUCUGUAUUUUUUUUUUUGUGUUUGUUUGCGUAUAAUAAAAAUGUUCUUUUUGA